AUGCAAGGCAGCGGCGGCGCGACCAUCUUGGACGACCUACCCGAGUGGGUGGUCGUCCACGAGAUCCUCGUCCGGCUGCCUGUGAAAGACGUGCUCCGCUGCCGCGCGGUCCGCGGGUCGUGGCGCGGCGGCACUUCCACGGACGCUUUCGUCCUCGACCACCAUCACCACCAGCCCUCGCUCCCCAUCGCCACCUGCGAUGGCCUCCUCAUCGUGCGACACCAAUAUGAUUUCUACUUCUGCAACCCGGCCACCCGCAAGUGUGCCUCCCUGCCAUAUCCUCCACGACGACCAAACUUCCGGAUCAGCGUAGCCGGGUUCUACCGGCACCACACAUCUAGAGAACACCGAGUGCUUUGGGUGUCAUACCCCUCAUACACGAUGCCCGAUGGGAGCGACGUAGCAAUUGAGUUGCUUGAGUAUUUCGUCCUCACGGGCGGAUUGGAUCAGCCAAGAUGCAUCCAGUGGCCGACAGUUCCAGAACAAAGGUUUAUUCCUGCUAUUUGGUUCUAUCAUUGUCCAGCAGUGCACCAUCGUGGUAGCCUGCAUUGGGCAAUGGGUCUCAACAUAACGGUAUUUGACACCAUAGCCGAGACAUUCCAGCAGAUGAGCCGCCCAACACAGCUGGGCGAUACGGUGUCAUUGGGGGAUAUGGAUGGCGCCCUAGCUUUGUGCUGCACCUCCUCUGAAUGUGUCACUACUUUAGAUGUUUGGGUGUUGCAGGACUAUGAUGCUGAAAUCUGGGGCUUCAUGUACACAAUUAACUUGUUAGCGAUGGAGGCAUCACCACCGCUUGAUUUGGGGAUCAAAUAUGUUCCUAGUAUGGCAGUGAUCAACGAGCGUGAGAUGUUGAUUGAGCAGUGUCCUAGCCGUCUCUUGCAUUGUGACAUUGAUGGCGUAUUUUUAGGAAACGUGGAAAGUGAAGAGCAUGAAAACCACUUGGCACUUACUAGGCAUCGCUUCCAGGAGAGCAUGAUUUCACUUUUAUUGUUUGAGACACAAAAACAAGAAGCUGUGAACAAUGAGCCUCUAUUCGCUAUUGUGCUAUAA